CCCCAGCCAGAGCCAUGUCCUCGUCCGCCGGCAGCGGCCACCAGCCCAGCCAGAGCCGCGCCAUCCCCACCCGCACCGUGCCCAUCAGCGACGCCGCGCAGCUACCUCACGACUAUUGCACCACGCCCGGGGGGACCCUCUUCUCCACCACGCCGGGAGGCACCCGCAUCAUUUAUGAUCGGAAGUUCCUGUUGGACCGACGCAAUUCCCCGAUGGCCCAGACUCCGCCCUGCCACCUGCCCAAUAUCCCUGGAGUCACCAGCCCUGGCACCUUAAUAGAAGAUUCCAAAGUCGAAGUGAACAACUUGAACAAUCAUGACAGGAAGCAUGCAGUUGGGGAUGAUGCACAGUUCGAGAUGGACAUCUGACUAGCCCAUCUGGCUUGUCUGGAAGGCAGCACCAGGACCUGCCUGAGCCUGACCUGGCCGCUCAGCUCAGCAGCGAGAGAAGCAGGCAGUGCCAGCGUUGCCCUCUCCACAGUCCUUCCCCUCCUCCAGUGCCAAACAACGCGAGGAUGUGCCUCAUCUAGCCCUUCCUUUUCCCUUUCCCCUGUGUCCCUCCUCAGCUAGACAGCUUGGAUGGGUGGACAGCCCUUGGCCAGCCUGUUCCCCUAGAACAAGCAGCCCUCGGAGAAAAACAGUUCAGUUCUUCUAUCCCGCCUCGUUCAUGAGAAUUGUUGCCGUGAUUGCCCUUUUUCUUUUUGACACCCUGAUUUUACCCCUAGCCGACCUCCUAACUACUGCCUGGCCCUGCUGAAAAGUUAGGCCUGAAGGAUCCUGCCAAUAUUGAACCUGGGAAGAGGCCUUGAUCCAUUGGCAUCCCCAGUAGGCUUUUUAAUUUUCUUAUUUUCAAUCCAAUCAGCAUUGGAUAUUGGUUGUCCCAGCUGGCAGUGAUUAUGUGUUUAAAACUGACUUUCAGAAUUUUCUCAAAAAGAACUGAACUUUUUCUCUCCCCCCCCCCCCCACGUGGACUUUGCUUUGUUUGGCUGCUGAGAUAGAUAAGCAUGGACUUUUUUUUUUUUUUUUUAAAGUAUUCCUUCCAUUUUUCUGGCCUUUUUCAUCUUCUGAAUCAUCCUUCCUUCCUUCCCUUCCUUCCCAGGCCUUCCUUGUUUAUUCUGCCAGGCCAUUAUUUUUUCAUGCAUACAAACAUACAUACAUAGGAGAUACCUCAAGUCUUGGUAUCAGCUAAUAUUCUUCGUUCCUUCUAUUUGAGGAGGGGCCUUUUAUUUUUCAGAUGACUACAGACCUAUUUUUCGAUAAUGCUCUUCCGUCCAACUUUGAACGGCAACUUUUUACUCCCUCCUCCUUUCUCCCAUGUUGGAAAGACAAGCCUUGUCCCCCCAGGCAAGGCUGCUGUCCACUGCGUGUUGUGCCACCCCACACCCCACACCCCACACCCCGUGUGCCUCUCCAGCCUGUCACGAACACUGUCUUCCUCCUAGUUUUGGUGUGCAUGUUGGGUGGUUUAUAAAACUGGACCAUUCUGCCUUGCUAUGGGUCACUGAUGAAAGCCUCCUGGUUCUUUUA